AUGGACAAUGCUUCGUACCAUACGAAGGUUGUAGACCCUGUACCAUCGAAAUAUGCAACAAAAUAUGUGAUGCGUCAGUAUCUAGAGGAACACUCAAUGCCAUAUGACAGCAAUUUGAGAAAACCGGAAAUUUUUGAAAUAAUUCAAGCAAAUGCUUCACCGACAAAAAAAUAUCGCAUGGAUGAACUUAUAAAACAGCAUGGACACUCGGUUCUACGAUUGCCCCCUUAUCAUUGUGAUUUGAAACCGAUCGAGUUAGCCUGGGCAGCUGUCGAGCGCUUUAUAAGGAAUAGAAACGUUGAAACUGAGUUAAGUCUCAAAACUCUAGAAGAACUUACAACGCACGCAAUUCAAAGUGUUUCCAGUGACGACUGGGAAAAAUACUGCAGCCACAUUGAAAAAUUGGAGACGAAAUAUUGGGACACUGACGGAAUCGUAGAAAAUGUAGUUGAAACUCUAAAUUUCACCGUUGAAUCAGAGUCAGGAACAGAUACAGCUUCCGAAACAGGCUCAAUGGAUUGGGAAUGA